UGGCCGCUCCGCCCAGAACCUCCGGACGACUCUGCCGGGACAUGGCCGCCACCGGUACCGGGUCCUUGAGCUGAGCGCCUGCUGCCCAGCAGCCAGCCUCUGCCUCCAGCCGUCUGUGCGGGUUGCGUCCCGAGGCGCCGCCGGGACGGCGAGGAGCGGCGGCCACUGCGGGGGAAGAGAAGGCUGCAGCAGGAGGCCGGAGCGGCUGCCGCGUCCGGACACAUGGCGUCCAUUUUACUGAGGAGCUGCCGCGGCCGGGGGCCUGCCCGCCUCCCGCCACCUUGCGCCGCGGCCUCGCGGGGUGGUCUGGAGGAUCCUGCUUGUCUCGGUUGUGCCAACAGAGGGUUGAGAAGCCUUGUGAAUGUUCCGUUUGGCUGCUACACUCCAGGCCACCUUGCAUACCUUUCUCUCAGAGGCGUUCAUCUUGGCUGUUGGACUCUGCGGCUUGAGUGCCCAGGCACAGUGGCAAGAGCACCAUGGACUCCUGCCACGGGGGGGUUGGCUGUCACAUUACCCCAGUGCCUUCCUUUGCGUGGCUGGCACUCAUCAUCUCCCCUCAGUGACGAUUCCAUGGUGGAGAAGUCCCUCAGAUCCUUGAAGGACAAGAACAAGAAACUGGAGGAGGGGGGCCCAGUGUACAGCCCCCCUGCGGAGGUGGUGGUGAAGAAAUCCCUCGGGCAGAGGGUGCUAGACGAGCUGAAGCACUACUACCACGGCUUCCGCCUACUCUGGAUCGACACCAAGAUUGCUGCGCGCAUGCUCUGGCGUAUCCUCAAUGGCCACAGCCUGACCCGCCGGGAGCGCAGGCAGUUUCUCCGGAUCUGCGCCGACCUCUUCCGCCUGGUGCCCUUCCUUGUGUUCGUGGUGGUGCCCUUCAUGGAGUUCCUGCUGCCGGUGGCCGUGAAGCUGUUCCCCAACAUGUUGCCAUCCACGUUUGAGACACAGUCCAUCAAGGAGGAGAGGCUAAAGAAGGAGCUUCGGGUCAAGCUAGAACUGGCCAAGUUCCUCCAGGACACCAUUGAGGAGAUGGCCUUGAAGAACAAGGCGGCCAAGGGCAGUGCCACCAAAGACUUCUCCGUAUUUUUCCAGAAGAUUCGGGAGACUGGGGAAAGACCUAGCAACGAGGAAAUCAUGCGUUUUUCUAAGUUGUUUGAAGAUGAGCUGACUCUGGAUAACCUGACGCGGCCGCAGCUGGUGGCACUGUGCAAGCUCCUGGAGCUGCAGUCCAUUGGCACCAACAACUUCCUGCGCUUCCAGCUCACCAUGCGGCUGCGGUCCAUAAAGGCUGAUGAUAAGCUGAUUGCUGAGGAAGGGGUGGACAGCCUCAAUGUCAAGGAAUUGCAAGCGGCAUGUCGGGCACGGGGCAUGCGGGCCCUUGGUGUCACAGAAGACCGUCUGCGGGACCAGCUGAAGCAGUGGCUGGACCUGCACUUGCACCAGGAGAUCCCCACGUCGCUGCUCAUACUGUCUCGAGCCAUGUACCUCCCGGACACCCUCUCGCCUGCCGACCAGCUCAAAUCCACGCUGCAGACCCUUCCAGAAAUAGUGGCAAAGGAAGCCCAGGUAAAAGCAGCUGAGCUGGAGGGUGAGCAGGUGGACAACAAGGCAAAGCUGGAGGCAACCCUGCAGGAGGAGGCGGCUAUCCAGCAGGAGCACCGGGAGAAGGAGCUACAGAAGCUCUCACAGGCAGUGAAGGACGCUGAGCUGGAAGCUGCCCCUGGGAGGCCAGUGGCUGAGCCACAGCCAGUGGCUGAGCCACAGCCAGAAGUGCCUGAUGUGACCCUGCAGUCAGAGACCCUGGAGGACACUGCCCCAGUGCUAGAGGGCUUGAAGGAAGAGGAGAUAACGAAAGAAGAGAUUGACAUCCUCAGUGAUGCCUGCUCAAAGCUGAAGGAUCAGAAAAAGUCACUCACCAAGGAGAAAGAGGAGCUCGAGCUGCUGAAGGGGGAUGUCCAGGACUACAGCGAGGACUUACAAGAGAUCAAAAAGGAACUUUCAAAGACUGGUGAAGAGAAAUAUGUGGAAGAGUCUAAAGCCAGCAAGAGGCUGACAAAGAGGGUACAGCAGAUGAUCGGGCAGAUCGACGGCCUCAUCACGCAGCUAGAGGCGGAUCAGCAGGCUGGCCGGCUGGGCCCCACUGAGGGGACGACCACGGGGGAGAACGUCAUUAGCGUCACUGAGCUCAUCAGUGCCAUGAAGCAGAUCAAGCACAUUCCGGAAAACAAACUGCUCAGCCUGGCCUCAGCACUAGAUGAAAACAAGGAUGGCAAGAUCAACAUCGAUGACCUCGUCAAGGUGAUUGAGCUGGUGGACAAAGAAGAUGUUCAUGUCUCUACUAGCCAGGUGGCUGAGAUUGUGGCUACACUGGAGAAAGAGGAGAAGGUGGAGGAGAAGGAGAAGGCUAAGGAGAAGGCAGAGAAGGAGGCCGCAGAGGUGAAGAACUAGGCUGCCAGUCCUGGCACCUGCCUUCUGCACCAGUUGCCAUGGCGAUCGAUGCCCGUGGUGGUGAUUGCCUGGAAGUGAUUCUUAAUGGCAAAUCUAAUAUUUUGUCUGGAAUAAAUCAGAAACUUCCAUAAUCAAGUAAUUUUUAAUAUUCAUCAUUCCAUGAAGAUUCAAUCAGUCUGGACUCCUAGAGCCCGUCCAGGGAGUCAUGUCUGUAUUCACACCAGGACAUGGAUGUGGCCCCACCAGCCCCCUGUGUGUGGCCAUAUUGUCACGUUGUCUGUGCUGUUCUAUCCUCAGGAGGUUGAGGACCCUGUGGACACUGGCGUUUGAGCACAGCCUCCUCAGCACUGAAGAUGAUGCUCUGGCCAGUCCGUGGACCUCGCCUCCUUCAGGAUCAGUGUAAACGUGUGGAUCUCUUCCUGCACAUUUUCAAAGUCAGAUCUGUGUAGCUGUUGAAACAAAGUAUCUUCUCUAAUGGCCUCUGGGAAGUGACAUCUUCUGACAAGUAUGCCCACGGUUUUUGUGCCGAUUCACCAUUAUGUGUUGACCAGAACUCACUCUUGAUUUGCCUUUUGUUUUUACCUAAUUCUUUAAUCAGCUGAGUAGUACGGAAUGUGCUCAUAGGGCUAUCUGCCUGACUCGUGAGGAAUAUCUGACCUAAAUCAUGUGAGAGAUACUAAUGAAGACUUUGGCAAUGA